AAAGAGCGCGCGAUUCAACACAGCCUUUACGUCAGACGAUCAAGAUGGUGGCGAAGGGUGGCAAGGGUGGGAGAAAAAUUAGCCACCUACGGUAGCGCCCCAGCUCAGCGAUUGCGACGUCACUGGCUACCGCGGAUGUGCGUGCACCGUACUGCAUACACAGAUGAACGUCGUGCGGAGAAUGACAUUUAAAAUUCGUUACUGAGGACGACGCGACGACGACGAGGAUCAAGGGCGCGGGAAGGGCGCACACGGCGACGCGGGCGCAUUGCCAUAUAACGUGACAGCACUCGUCACAUGGAGCAUUAUUAUUGUUGAGCCGGCCGAACGAAACUGCGCGCACCAUGAACGUCGACAACGAUCUGGACCAUCACUUGCUGCAUCAGUUUAGUUGUCUGGGUACUACGGACAAAGACGACUUGGUGAAGCAGCUGCAGAAGCUGCUAGCUGGCAGCCACUUGAAUGAGACGUCUGCUGCAUUCUUCCUGGAGAUGAACAACUGGAAUUUGCAAGCAGCAAUUUGCAGCUACAUUGAUUUUCAGUCACCUCUCAAAGUACCCUGUAUGACGUUAAUAUGCGAUAGUACCAUCGGCGAAGGAGAGUCUGUACCACCCAGUACAAACUUUCAAAAGUCAUGGCGCAUACAAAAUAGUGGUACAGAAGCUUGGCCAAAUGGGAUUCAUUUGGAACUCAUCAGUGGAGAACAAAUGGGUGUCACACGUAUAGCAGUUCCACCACUAGGUCCCAAAGAGACAACAGAAUUAAGUGUGACAUUAUCAAGUCCGAGCGAAGCUGGUGUCUACCAGAGUAAAUGGAGAAUGAUGACAGCCACUGGUAUCUAUUUUGGAGAAGUUAUCUGGGUGAUCAUAACAGUGAAUGAAUGUGGCACAUUAGCGCUCACUCAACAAUUGCAUCAAUUAAGUACUUCGCAGUCAAAUGAUGUACAAAUGUGCUAGCCUUCGACGUACAAAAAUCUCCUCUAAGAGAGAAAGAUUUACGAGAUAUUAUAAGGCCCUUUGGAUUAUCGCGAGAAUCAACAAUUAUUUCUGAAUUUUAUAUAGAUCGCUUUUUUUCAUGUAACAGAAUUUACAUGCACCUUACAAAAAUCAUGAAUAUCGGGAAGAACCAACAACAAUAAAGGUUGCAAUAAAAAUUUGGCCAUGCUCUCAUGCCGAUGAAAGUAUCCA